GGGAUGGCAAAAACCACAAACUAGAAGCCGGCGCCAAUUUCAAUCCCAAGAUAAGGUUUUCUCUCUUCCCUCUAAUCUUCUCUCACGCAAUUUUGUGGCUCUCAAACUCUGUCUUUGCGCACAUUGACCGAAAGAAGAGAAAGAAAACCGUCUCUUUGCACACCCUUUUUUGUACAAGAGAGAGAGAGAGAGAGAGAGAGGGUGGGGGAGAUAGAGGGAGAGAAAGAAAGCCAUUUUGAUAAACCCUAAACAAUGACCACUCUGCAAGGUUCGCUUCUUCUUAACCUUUCACUCUCUCCUACUCCUUCUUCUAAAUUGAAACGCUUCCAGUUCUCCCGCUGCGCCUCUUUUACUUACACCCCGGUAUCUCUGCCUAAUAACUAUCUCUCUGCACCACAAAGUUCUAGAAAUUUCGGAUUUGGCCCUCGGACUUCAUUGGUUUCUUGCACAUUGCACCCUGACAAUGCGAAUGUGAAUUUAAAUCAAGAAUCGGAUUUGGUGGAUUCCCAUUUAAGUUCUGAGGUCAAGGAUUCGAGUUUGAAGGAAUUUAGUGGUGAGAAUAGCUCGGUUUCAAAUGUGGGGAAGCCGGAAACUGAUGAAUUUGGAGGUGAAAAAUUGGAAUUUGAGGUGAAGAGUAAGUUUGGCAAAGUGGGUUUGGAGAAGGGGGAUGGAAAGAGUGAGAAAGAGGUGGAAGCUGAGGGAAAGAGUGGGAAUUUGGUGGGGCAGAAGAGUGGGACUGGAAUACCAUUGGUGGUGUUCUUGAUGGGGUUGUGGGCAACUGCAAAAGGAAGAUUUGAGAAGGUAUUGGCCUCCAAUUGGUUCAGUUGGUGGCCAUUUUGGCGGCAGGAAAAACGGUUGGAGCUUUUGAUUGCAGAGGCCGAUGCCAAUCCCAAGGACCCCGUGAAACAGAGUGCUCUGCUGGCUGAGCUCAACAAACACAGUCCUGAGUCUGUCAUCAAGCGCUUUGAACAAAGGGAUCACAGUGUGGACAGUAAAGGAGUUGCAGAGUAUCUUCGAGCUCUUGUGGUCACUGAUACUAUUGCUGAGUAUCUUCCAGACGAGGAAUCUGGAAAGCCUUCUAGUCUUCCUUCGUUGCUGCAAGAGUUGAAGCAGCGUGCAUCAGGCAACAUGGAUGAGCCCUUUCUCAACCCUGGCAUAAAUGAGAAGCAGCCAUUGCAUGUAGUGAUGGUUGAACCUAAAGUAUCAAACAAAUCUCGUUUUGCACAAGAGCUUAUCUCAACUAUCCUGUUCACAGUUGCUGUUGGAUUAGUGUGGUUCAUGGGUGCUGCUGCUCUUCAAAAGUACAUAGGGAGCUUGGGUGGGAUAGGUACUUCUGGUGUUGGCUCAAGUUCUUCCUAUGCCCCAAAAGAGUUGAAUAAAGAAGUCAUUCCAGAAAAGAACGUUAAAACAUUUAAAGAUGUGAAAGGUUGUGAUGAUGCAAAGCAGGAGCUUGAGGAGGUAGUGGAGUACCUGAAAAACCCAACUAAGUUUACUCGCCUUGGGGGCAAAUUGCCAAAGGGAAUUCUUUUGACAGGAGCACCAGGAACUGGAAAGACUUUGCUUGCUAAGGCUAUUGCAGGAGAAGCUGGUGUACCAUUUUUCUAUAGAGCAGGAUCUGAGUUUGAGGAAAUGUUUGUUGGAGUUGGUGCUCGGCGUGUAAGAUCCUUAUUCCAAGCAGCCAAAAAAAAGGCUCCGUGCAUCAUCUUCAUUGAUGAAAUAGAUGCUGUUGGAUCCACUCGGAAACAAUGGGAAGGGCAUACAAAGAAAACGCUGCAUCAACUACUUGUUGAAAUGGAUGGUUUUGAGCAGAAUGAGGGAAUAAUUCUGAUGGCUGCAACAAACUUGCCUGAUAUUCUUGAUCCAGCUCUGACAAGGCCUGGUAGAUUUGAUAGGCAUAUUGUUGUUCCUAAUCCAGAUGUGCGAGGUCGUCAAGAGAUAUUGGAGCUCUAUCUACAGGAUAAACCAUUGGGUGAUGAUGUAGACGUUAAAGCUAUUGCUCGUGGUACACCAGGAUUCAAUGGGGCAGAUCUUGCAAACUUGGUAAAUAUUGCUGCCAUUAAAGCUGCUGUUGAAGGCGCUGAGAAGUUGACUGCUACACAGUUAGAGUUUGCGAAGGACAGGAUCGUUAUGGGUACUGAGCGGAAAACAAUGUUCAUAUCUGAAGACUCGAAAAAGCUCACAGCAUAUCAUGAAAGUGGUCAUGCAAUUGUUGCUUUCAAUACUGAGGGGGCACAUCCAAUUCACAAGGCAACAAUUAUGCCUCGUGGGUCUGCUUUAGGAAUGGUCACCCAGCUCCCCUCCAAUGAUGAGACAUCAAUUAGCAAGAGGCAGUUAUUAGCCCGUCUUGAUGUCUGCAUGGGAGGAAGAGUGGCAGAAGAGAUAAUCUUCGGUCAGGAUCAUAUCACAACUGGAGCAAGCAGUGAUCUACAUACAGCUUCAGAGCUUGCCCACUAUAUGGUUUCAAGCUGUGGCAUGAGCGACACAAUUGGGCCAGUUCAUAUCAAAGAUCGACCGAGCCCCGAAAUGCAAUCUCGUAUUGAUGCCGAAGUUGUGAAACUGUUAAGAGAAGCAUAUGAUCGUGUAAAAGCCCUUCUAAAAAAGCAUGAAAAGGCAUUACAUGCAUUGGCAAAUGCACUUUUAGAGUAUGAGACUCUAAGUGCAGAAGAUAUUAAGCGUAUUCUUCUGCCAUAUCGGGAGGGAAGGCUGCCCGAGGAACAAGAAGAUCAACAGGAAGGGGAUCUUGUUUUGGUUUAAACUUCAUCUCUUCUUUUAUGUAAUUUAAUCCACUGUUGGUGAUAUUGUACAGUGUAUUUGAAGUAAUGCGGAGGUGAUUACUCAUAUAACUCUUUCAAUGAUAUCCACUUUUUGGCACCGCCUCAGCUUAGAAUGCGUCA